AUGUCCACAUCGGCUGUGGCCCGUAAGGAUCUUGUCCAGGAGUUGUACCUCAAGGAGGUGAAGUCGUACAAGGCGCCGGAAAGGUCGGCGGACGCUCACAAGGGCCAGGUGCGUGAGUUCACGCAGCCCCCGAAGCCCACUGCCCCGUCGAUGCCCUCGUCGUCGGAGGUCGCCUCGCAGCUGGAGGCUUACACGGCGUCGGAGCCGGAUGCUCCGGAAAAGGUCUCGUCCUCGGCUGAGGAGGACGUGACGGAGCAGCAGGAUGUGAACGAAUACCUCAAGGAGCUCCAGGCUGACGUCAAGGUCGAGGCGCACCACUAA